CAUGUCGCCAUUGUAGCAGCGCACUUGUUUAUCGCUCGUUUCUACACCUUCCUGACGGUUAUUUUCCAGCUGCAGGACUGUCAAUGAUUGUCGUAGACGGGCGCUCAUGGCGGAGACCAAGAUCAUCUAUCACAUCGAUGAGGAAGAAACUCCUUAUUUAGUGAAGCUCGCCGUUUCUCCCGAUAAAGUCACACUAGCCGAUUUCAAAAAUGUCCUCAGCAAUCGACCUGUCAAUAGCUACAAGUUCUUCUUCAAGUCUAUGGAUCAGGAUUUCGGGGUGGUCAAAGAGGAGAUAUCAGACGAUAACGCCAAGCUGCCUUGCUUCAACGGAAGAGUGGUUUCAUGGUUGGUGCUGACUGAAGGCUCACACUCAGAUGGCGGAUCUCAUUGCCCGGAGAGCCACAGUGAGCUGCCACCCCCGCUGGAGCGAACAGGAGGCAUCGGAGACUCCAGACCUCCCUCCUUUCAUGCCAAUGCCGUGAGCAGUCGGGAUGGACUGGACACAGAAACAGGAACAGAGUCCCUUGUGAGCCAGCGCAGGGAGCGGGAGCGAAGCCGCAGGGCACGAGACAACAAAUUCGCUCGGGUGAACGGACAUACGAAAGCCGAGCGUGCCAAUCGGGACUCGGCAAUGGGUUACGACAGCACCUCCAUGAUGAGCAGCGAGCUGGAGUCCAGCUCCUUUAUCGACAGUGAGGAUGAUGAGGAUGCCAGCAGACUCAGCAGUUCUACUGAACAGAGCACUUCAUCCCACCUCAUGCGCAGACACAAGCGCCGACGAAGGAGACAGAAAGUGGCUAAAAUGGACAGGUCUUCGUCUUUCAGCAGCAUCACAGACUCCACCAUGAGCCUGAACAUUAUCACGGUCACACUUAACAUGGAGAAGUAUAACUUCCUCGGCAUCAGCAUAGUGGGACAGAGUAAUGACCGGGGAGAUGGAGGCAUCUAUAUCGGCUCUAUAAUGAAAGGUGGUGCCGUAGCAGCUGAUGGACGGAUUGAACCGGGAGACAUGCUGUUACAGGUGAACGAUGUGAAUUUUGAGAACAUGAGCAACGAUGAUGCAGUGAGGAUUCUGCGGGAAAUUGUAUCUAAACCAGGACCUAUAAGUCUGACUGUGGCUAAGUGCUGGGACCCGUCUCCUCGGAGCUACUUCACGAUUCCCAGAGCUGAACCUGUCAGACCCAUUGAUCCAGCUGCCUGGAUUUCUCACACUACAGCGAUGACUGGGACAUUUCCACACUACGAGCUGGACGACUUGCCUUUAUCCGUCAGUAAGACAGAAAUGUCCACCGUCGUGAAGGUGAUGCAGUUGCCUGAUUCAGGGCUUGAGAUUAGAGACAGAAUGUGGCUGAAGAUCACCAUAGCAAAUGCUGUCAUUGGUGCUGAUGUGGUGGACUGGCUGUAUUCACGGGUGGAGGGCUUUAAGGACCGGCGCGAUGCUCGGAAAUACGCCAGCAAUUUGCUAAAACACGGCUACCUAAGACACACCGUCAAUAAAAUAACCUUCUCUGAACAGUGCUACUACACUUUUGGAGAUCUGUGCCAAAACAUGGCCUCUCUGAACCUCAAUGAGGGUGGAUCUAGUGGUGGUGGUUCGGAGCAGGACGCUCUCGCCCCUCUGCCUCCAGCGGGCACCAACCCAUGGCCCACCGGUGGACAGCCGUACCCGUAUCCAGGCUACCCAAACCCACCGCCAGGCUUUCCUCCAGGAUACUCAGAGCCCUGCCACAGUUUUCACAGUGGCAGUGCCGGCAGCCAGCAAAGUGAAGGCAGUAAAAGUAGUGGCUCAAACCCCAGUGCGGGUAAAGGACGAAGGGCUUCCCCUAGAGAGAAGGACCCUAGGUCGACAUGCUGCGCGGUCACAGAGUCAGAACAAGGCACAUGGCCUGGCAUUUCAGGCCAGAGAGCAGCCAGUCAGUUGAGUCAUCACAGCCACAACCAUUCUUGUGUCAGUCACACUUGCUCCGGGCACAGCAGAGCUACAUCCCACAGGAGUCACAGUGUAUCCCAAAAGAGCCAUGCCUCUUUCUCCUACACCCAUGCCCCCUUCACUCAGCCUGGUCAUGCAUCCUGUGCUCACAGCGAGAGGAGCCACGCAUCCUCGUACGGCCCCCCAGGCCUUCCCCCUCCCUACUGCCUGGCACGGUUAGCACCAAGAACCACUGUAAGCAGCGGCCCUCCCGGAGCUCCACCAGUGCGCGAGUUAGCAAAUGUUCCUCCAGAGCUCACAGCUAGUCGGCAAUCCUUUCAGCACGCUAUGGGCAAUCCAUGUGAGUUUUUUGUUGAUAUUAUGUGACAGGACAGUGCCUUCCAGUUUCAGAGCACAAAACCCUAAACUCCCCCUGCUCCUUUAAAAUUCUUGCUACUGACUAUCCCAGCACUGAGAAUGUAAGUAAAUGUAUCCACCAUCAUCCCUCCAACAUGGUAAAGAUCAAUAAAAGACACUAAAAACAGCACAGCACUCUCCACUGGCACUACAAAUGCUUAGAUAUAAGUAAUUGUGGAGGUUCAGCCUACAGGUGGGCGAUAUGACAAUAUAUCAUUAUUAAAGCAAAUUAAAUCAGCUGUAUUAGAGCAAUUAUAUACUUUAAAUAUGCAUUUUCAUUCAUCGUUCCCACUUAACUUCCUUAUUGUUAAAUCUUCAGAUGUAUUUUGUUGGGUUUAUACCAGGAGCCACAAAAAAAGUAUAGUUUGUCUGUUGUGAGAAACAAAAUAUAACCUGAACUAAAACCUCUUCAAGAAAAAAUAAAUUAUUUGUUUGUGGCUUUACAAAGUGCUGUAUUAUGUAUAAUAUUUAGUAGUACAAACAAAAUCCCUUUUUUAACUUUCAAAGGAUGACAACAGUUAUCCAAAGAUAACAUAAAUAUACAAGAUCCAUGUAUUAUUUUCUAAAAAAUGAACAUGUAGACACAACAUGUAGAAUAUGCAGACACAACAAAGUAGAAUGCAACAUAACAAAUGCUUUAUGAGUAAACGAGAAUAAUUAAAAAUAUAUAUAGUUUUAUUGCCCUUUGAGUGCAUUGUUAUGUGAAUGUUUUUGCCAUAUCGCCCACCUCUGCUACAGCCUGGUGUGUAGCUCCAUUAAUGUAUACUGAGUAUAGAUAAUCAUUAGGGCUAAAAGCCCAGGUUCAAACUCACAGCUGGACAUUGGUGACUAAUCUGCUUAGAAAUAACAUGAGAAAGAUUAAAAAAAGAUACAAGCCAAUUUUACUAAAAAUAAUUGCCAAACUAUGGGGCACAUUGUGUCUCUGUUUUUUAACCUGCCUCUCUGUGUUAUAUUGGCACUUAAUGUAAGAGCUAAAACUGCAUGACUAGAAAGUUUCCUUUUAAAAGUCUUUGUAAAUGUCUGACAGUAAUGAUCCAUGAGUGAGAAAUUAGAUUUUUGUUAAUUGAAUUUGAAAUGUUCAUUGCGUAUUUUCCACUGACAAUCAGUCUGACUGUUGUAAUUAAUGCCGAAUGUAGAGGUGAUGUGAGUCAGUGAAUGCAAAGUGAGAAGAGAAGGCUGAUCACAACUCAGUUCUGUCAAAUCCCUUAGUACACCCCUAACACUAAUGACUGGGCCUGUGUGAAUUUCUUUUCAGUUUUGGGUGGUUUACUGAUUUCAUUUGGGUUCCCUGCACAGCUCUGGACGUGUGUCCAAAAUAUACCUUUGGGUGGCGAGCAGAUAUGCUUGACGUAUAAAGUGCAACCUUUUCAUCUAUCCACUACAGUUCAAGGCACAUGUAUGAAGGACAUGUUUGCAUAACAAUGCUGCUGAGCAAUUAUUCAUAUUAGGAUCAUUAUGUAAGAAAGUAAACUUUAAAAUGAGUGUUCAUAUUUCUACCAUUAGGGUAGUACUAACCGAAUGAUUUAUAGUAUUAUGUCUUUUCUGUUUCACCUUAAGAGUGUUCAGAAUGAAAAUGAAAUGAAACAUGUUGGGGAGGGUCCUGCUCCAUCAAGCUUAAAGUUAACACUGUAUUUCACCAAAAGAACAUCAAAGCGAAGUCAAGCAUUUUGGUAUUUUAUUAAUGGUGUGUGAAUGCUUUGCUGCUUUAAUGCCUGGGCAACUUGGCAAAAUUAAUGGAACCGUCAUCAAUUGCUGAUCCAAAUAUCAGGCACAAUUUUGUUAUGCAACAACACAAUUAUCCAAAUCACCAGAGAAAGAAAAAUCACUUCUAAUUGGUUCAAAAGAAACAUAAGUGAGGUUUGAAGAAACAAGUAUGCAUAAUUUUGUUAUUAAUAAGUCUAGUUUAAAACAUUUUAGGGAGAUAAUUAGAAAUAUUUGCAUGUAUUAUUUUAUAUGGGAUUCAUUGUAAUUUUUUAUACAUAAGACCCCAGCACUAAAAGUGAAAUCCUAACAGGGUAAAAACGAAGUAGGAGCAAGGCGAAAACAAGAACCAAAUCAAAAAAGAUUUACACUUUUAUUUUAUUUUAUUUUAUUUUAUUCAUCCACUUUACAUGUCACCAGUAUUUCAGUUAUUACCAUUAAGUUUUUUUUUUUAUCGAAUAAUACAUUCAUGCAUAAUUAUGCUUUUAUCUGCUUUUGUUUUAUAAAUGGCUUUGGAGAUAAAUCUGUUUUUGUUACAUUUAGUAACAUAAAAAAGCAGGUACUGGUCAGUGCUGAAAUCUCACUGGCUCAAAGUAAACUACAUGAAGAUUUGCUUCUGAAAUUUACACUGAAAAUUUGCAAUACUAUUCAUUUGAUUUUACAUGCGAUGUUUUGCUUAUUAAAACCUGGUGUGACUGAGGCUUGAGACUCGACAGGGAGCAUAAAUGUAAAAUGACUGAUGACAUUUUCUCUUUUGUACUAUCAACCAGUCUUUAAUUUCAUAAAAUGCAUGAACAAUAAUGCAUUACUUAAAUGACUAGUAAUGAAACUGGAAACACUGACUCCUGUAUUAUAACUAACUACUGUUUUAUGUAAUUACACCCAUUUAAAUUAAAUAAAUAAAACAAAUCAGUUGUACAGAAUGAGAAGGACUUUGGCAGACAUUGAGCUGUGUUGAGCUUUUUUAGGAGAUUGUUUUAACAUGGAGGAAAGGACUUUUGUUAUUGUGGUGAUGUUUUCUGGUAAAGUGGUGAAAUGUUAAACAGGCGUUGUGUUUGUUAUAAGUGUUGUCCCCACUGCAGCAGUAAACCGGCUCAGCAUUUUUAUUUCAAAUCUUAAAGCACUUUUGAAGUAAUUUCUGGCCCUUUAGUAUCAAACACUGUUUAUGAUGGAAGCUGUUGGCUUUAUUUCUUCGAAGAGAGAGGAAGAACAAAUUGUACAUAUGAAAAAUUAUAUAUUAUAUAACAUUGAAAAAAAUAAAUAAAAAAUAUAUGACUCAAA